AGCCACUAUCAGUCAUCCAUUCUUAUUUCAUAUUGCAGUGAGGACUACUUCUCUUUUUCCCUAUCAAUUCCAUAUUUCCAGUUUGAUUUUUCCUCUCUGAGAUUCAAUUCUAGUACACUUGUUGUAAAUCAUCCUUCCUUUGUCAAUUUCCCAAUCAAACGUAUGUACCCAAAACCUUUCAAAUUUAGUGCCCUCAACUCAUCCGUGAACCUUCGCUCGAAUUGCAAGCUUUCAUUCAUCUCUUAUCAUUCCUGUUAAUUUCAUCACAUCUUUGAUCUUUCUUACCUUCUGCCCUUCUUUUUUCAUCUUCUCAAUCUUCAGUUAAUAGAUCAUAUCAAUGGUUAUCUUGACUGAGGAAGGAGCUUCUUCUUCUUCUUCUUCUUCUUCUUCUUCUUCUACCCACCGAUGGAAGUAUGAUGUCUUCUUGAGUUUUCGAGGUGAAGACACUCGUAAUAAUUUUACAAGCCAUUUAUAUAAGGCUUUGUGUAACCAAGGUUUUGACACUUUUAUCGAUGAUGACCUUCCGAGGGGAGAAGAAAUUUCAAUGAAACUUGUUGAAGCCAUUGAAUCAUCAAUGAUUUUGAUUGUUAUAUUCUCUAAAAAUUUUGCAUCUUCUACUUGGUGCUUGAAUGAACUCGUCAAGAUUUUUGAGUGUAAGAGUAAUGGCCAAUUGAUUUUUCCAAUUUUUUACAAGGUGAGCCCAUCAGAAAUACGUAAACAAGAUGGAGAGUUUGGGAUUGCACUAGCUGAACAUGAAGAAAAAUGCAAAGAUGAUAUAGAAAAGGUUCAGAGGUGGAGGACAACUUUAACUGAAGCAGCUAAUUUGUCUGGAUUUCCUUACAAUGAUAGCUGCGUUGAAUCUGAAGCCGAGUUAAUUGAAAGAGUUAUAAAAGAGAUAUCAAGUACUAAAUUAAAUCUUGUGCCAUUAUUUGUUGCUAAACAUCCAGUUGGAAUAGAUAUUCGAGCGGAGGCCAUAGAAUUACUUUUAGAUAUGGAGUCAAAUGAUGUUUGCAUGGUAGGAAUUUGGGGUCUUGGGGGAAUAGGUAAGACUACAAUCUCAAAAGCCGUUUAUAAUAGAAUUGCUCACCAUUUUGAAGGAAGCUAUUUUUUAGAGAAUGUUAGAGAAAAGUCAAAAAGUGGUGAUGUAAUCCAACUACAAAAGGAACUUCUUUUGAUGAUCUUACCAAAUAGAUAUUUGGAGGUGCACAAUGUAUCUCAAGGCAUCAAUUUGAUAAAGAAAAGACUUCGUAGUAAAAAAAUUCUUUUAAUUCUUGAUGAUGUGAGCGACUCAACAGAGGUAGAUAAUUUGCUUGGAGAAUAUAACUGGUUUGCUCCUGGAAGUAGAGUUAUUAUAACAUCAAGAAACCAACAAGUACUAGCCAGUUUGGGAAUCGGUCAUCGUCGAAUACACAAGGUUGAAGAAUUGAGGCAAUGUGAAGCUCGUGAACUUUUCAUCAAACAUGCCUUCCAAACAAUUAAAUAUGAGGAAGAUUAUUCAGAACUUGCAAACAAGAUUAUACUUUAUGCCAAUGGCCUACCAUUAGCUUUACAAAUAAUUGGUUCUCAUUUGUGUGGAAAAAAUAUACAAGAUUGGAAAAAUGCAUUAGAAAAGUAUGAAACCAUUCCACCUCAAAAUAUUCAAGAAAAACUCAAAAUAAGUUAUGAUGGAUUGGAAGAAACUGAAAAGGUUAUUUUUCUUGAUAUUGCAUGUUUUUUUAAGGGUUACAAAAAGGAUGUUGUUUUAAACAUAUUACGGUCUUGCGAUUUAUGUCCAGACGAUGGUAUUGGAAGACUUAUUGACAAGUGUCUUGUAACGUUGGAACAUGGCUAUUUGUUGUCAAUGCAUGACUUGCUGCAACGAAUGGGUAGAGAAAUCGUUCGACAAGAAUCAGAAGAGAUUGAAAGACGCAGUAGGAUAUGGCGUUAUAAGGAUGCUCAUAAGUUACUAACUAGAAAUAUGGGAUCAAAAAGAAUUCGAGGUAUAAUGUUGUGCUCACCUAAACCAAUAGAGGUUGCAUUGAAUGCUAAUGUUUUCAAGAGGAUGAAAAAUCUCAAAUUUCUUAUAGGCAAUGUACAUAUUGUUGAAGAUCUUGAAUAUCUCCCAGAUGAGUUAAGGUUUCUUGAAUGGCGUAAAUUUCCUUUGUCCUUAUCUUCCAAAUGUUGUGCCCCGGAAGAACUUGUUGCAAUCAACCUGUCUAAGUCUAACAUUAUAUUGGAGAAGGCAUUCAAGCAGGGGUUCCAGUAUGAAAAUUUGAAAAUGAUCAGUCUAGUAUCUUGUGAAUUCAUUACAAACUUACCUGACUUGUGCUGCCCAAACUUAGAGAUUUUGGAGAUUAAAUAUUGUAAAAAUUUAAUUGAGGUUGACAAGUCGAUUGGAUUUCAUGAGAAGCUUAAAGAAUGGAAUCUCUAUGGCUGUCCACAACUUCAAAUUCUUCCAAGUACGCUCAUGUUGAAAUCUCUUGAAUCCUUUGAACUAUGUCGUUGCAGAAGGCUUGAGAAGUUCCCCGAUAUUCACCCAGAAAUGAAUUGUCUAAAGUAUUUGGAUUUGUUUGGUUGUGGUUUUAGAGAAUUGCCUUCAUCACUGUUGUAUCUGACUGGACUUAACCCGUUAGGCCUAGGUGUCAGUAAGCUCACGAAUUUUUUAGUUGGGGCCAAUAACUUUAAUAACUUUUCGGGACCUACUGGGUUUUUGUGCUUGACGACACUGAAUCUUAGGGGUUCUCCUAGAAUUGGAGUUGAAUUAGAUUCUUGGCUGCAACCCGAUUACUUCCCAGUAUUGGAACGGCUGGAUCUAAGUUCUACUGGUAUUGUUACCAUCCCAGCAAGUAUUUUUAUGUUUACUACAUUAGAAUAUCUUGACAUUCAAGAUUGCAAAAAGCUUCGGGAAAUUCCGAUUCUUCCACAGUCUAUGAGACAAGUGUGUGCAACGAAUUGCGAUCGGCUGGAUGCACGAUCAUCAUUCUUCUUAUUGAUUCAUUUUCGACUAGUUCUACAAUUUCUAGCUAAAGCCGCAACAUGCUUUGGUUCCGAACGGCCUCAAAUUGGGACGCUUCAUCAUCUUGAACUACCAAUAACUGAGAUUCCAGAGUGGUUGAAAUUCAACCAUCAUCAGAGUGUUGGAAAUUCCGUAUCAUUCUUGGUCGGUCCCAAAUUUUCAAAUUUGUUUGUUUGUAUUGCUAUUCCAUCGAAGGAUUUGGACAACGAUAUAGUAUCCAUGUGUGAAGUUGACUUUUUUAUCAAUGGUAUAAGACAAUUCCAAGUGUGGAACUGGUGGGCGAAAGGUAAUUAUGACCACGUAUGGUUAACUUAUGGGAAAGUGAAUAUAUCAAAUACAUCCGAAGAGAAUCGCAUUGUGGUUGAGUUUAAAGGUCAAAAUAUUCCCCUACAUAGGAUGAGGAUUUAUGCAGCAUGCAUCUGUUGUCCUCAGAAACCCAUAUUUCUUGUUUUCAACAAUGGGGAAGAAGAUCCAGGUUGGCUUUUUUCCCGUCCGGGUGAACCUGGAGAUGAUGACUCUGCUGGCCAAAGUGGAACCAAUGACCCAUAUUGUGGUGAACUUGAAGAUGAUGAUGUUGUUGAGAAAGGAGGCAAUGAUAGCCCAUAUUAUGGCGAACCUGGUGAUGAUGGCGUUGCUGAGUAUGGUGGAAGUCAUGGCACAUCUAGGCAAGGUGAAUACGAUGGCCCAUACUAUGGUGAAUCCGGAGAUAAUGACGCUGCGGGGCAAGACGGAACCGAUGAAACAUUUUAUGGUGAACCUGAAAAUGAUGAUGAUGCUGUGCAAGGUGGAAACGAUGACCAAUAUUAUGGUGAACUUGAAGAUGAUGAUACCAAUGCUCCAGACCCCCGUUUUGAUGAUUCUAGUGUGCGGCGGCUUAAAUUUGCGUCCAUCGAUUAUAGAGACAAAGAUGACAAAGGCAUUGAUCAAACAGGUGAUAUGUUUCUGCCUCAAAGAAUGCCUCGCAAUGAUCAAGUGCGGUACUUUGGAGAGAAGGCUCUUCGAUAUUGAAAUUCAGGGCAAGCACACAACUGCUCGAUGAAAUGCUUCUUCAGGAAAUUGAACCUGCUUGCUUAGCUAACCAAUACUACUCAUCGAGCCAAUUGUUAAGGUGAAACCAAGUGACCCUGAUGUUGUCCAUUUGCUUGGAGAAGUCAAAUACGAAUUCAACGAGAGAAAAAUGAUGGAGAAAGAGAUAAAGAGGGCUGUCAUGCUUCAUUCUUGUUAGAUAGCUGUGGAAGCAUAUUCUUAUGAGAAGAGCUUGCGAAGGAAUUCUACCUAUGGCUAGAAGCAGAAACAAUGGAGCUAUUGCAAGAGAACAGUCGGCUAAAAGUGCUAGAAAGAAUGGAGCAAUUACAAGAUAAGAGUCUUCUGGAAGUUCUAGAAACAAUGGAGCUAUUGCAAGGGAAGAGUUUGCUAGAAGUACUAAAAAUUAUGGAGCUAUUCCAAGAGAAGAGUCGGUUGGAACUGCUAGAAAUUAUGGAGCAAUUACAAGAGAAGAGUCUGGAACAAGUGAAAGUGGUGUCUCAUGAGUUGGAAAUAAGAAAGAGCGAUGGGCUACACGGAAUCUAAAUCUAACAAAACUUUUUACAAAGGAAAGGUUCCCAAUCAUAUGGCAAAAGGGAAGACUAGUAGGGAAAUACUCUACAGUAUUCAAAUUGGAGUGUACUGCCCUUGUUAGACAAAUUAGUAUGGUACCUUUACAAGUCAAAGAUUGGAGAGAGGUGCCUUAUCAAAACAAAAUAAAGCCAUUUGAUUAUAUAUUGGUGUGUUAUAUAAAAGUACUUUGAAAUAAAAGUUUACUUUAUAAUGAACAAAUGUAAUCAUUAUUAGUUUUCAUUUUUUAGAAUAACUUCAUUGUUGAGGGUCAAGAGACUCUUGUUUGGUGGCAAAUGAAUAGGUCAUACAAAAAUUACCAAAGUUCCUUGAAGAAAAAAUGGUUUGAGCCAUACAAGGAGGAUCCUGAGGAGGCAUUAGAAAUUUUUCCACCUAUCAUGGCAGAUUAUGAUUGGAACUAUCUUGUGAAUUUAUGGAGCAACAAGGACUGGAAGGAAAUGUGUGAUAAAAACAAGUCUGGUCAUUCCAAAAACUUUAUCGUUCACAAUAUUGGAUAAAAAAGUCUCCAACCACAAAGUGAAGAAGAGGCAUUUUAUGGAAUGUCUAUGCUUUGUGUUGUUUAAAUGAUAGAGUGAGAAAACUCGAGAAGAUCCUAGCCGACUUCAAUUAUUUGAGAUCACACAUAUGAGGUCUAAUGGACAAGCUGCAAAUGAAACUACAUUGGAGGCAUUGAUGAAAUUUAAGAGACUUACUACUGAAGUGGGUGAAGGGUCUUUGCAAAUGUUUGGAGAUGAAAUGUUUGUAGAGGUAUUUGGACUGAACAUCUUGGUCGUGUUUGUGGUUAAGGAGAUGGUGUUAGUCCUACAAUAUUAUGGGGUUCCUCUUCAUCUACUAUUCGUGACCUUCAAAUGCAAUUGAAUGAAUCUGAGGAAAGACAUAAAGAGAAUGCUGCUAACCUUUUGAGGCAGUUGAAAGAAUCUGUGGAAUGAAGCAAGGAGAAUGAUGCUACACUUAUAAGGAAUUGAAAGAAUCUAAGGAACACCGCAAGGAGAGUGACGCUAAUGUACAACUCUUGAAAGCACAAGUUCAUUGGGUUAAGAGUUUGCUAG